CCUGCAGAGUCGCUCAUCAGAGGACCUUGUGUUAAUAUUUGUCAAAUUACUCUUUUCAAGGUCAAACAUGAACUUGAAUGCUCAUAUUAUAUAUAUGUAUAAGUACUGUGUAUACUUUAAUACUCUAUAUACUCAAAGUAAAGACAUAAAAUAUCUGUCGUUUAAGUAGGAAAAUAAAGAAAUAAAAGGUCCAACACAUUAAUAGAAGUGCAGGAUAUUGAUGGAUAAGUUCCAAAAGUAUCAGCAAUGAAUAAAUAUAAAUCGAUCAAUACUUUUAUGUACAGUCUGAAUACUUCUUCCACCACAGACUGAGGUUAAAUAUUCGCUCUCUCACUAACACAACAGGCAGCAUGAAAGUGAAAGUGUGAACUUUUCUCAGCGGGCUAAACCACUGUUUACAUGCGGGGGGGCUGCAUGUCAUCUUGAAACUGUACGUUUGAGGAUUAACAGUCUAAGUUGGAAAUAAAAUUUAUAUUUGAUGAUGAAAAGUAUUACUCUUCAUUUAUUUUAGCAUUAAUUCAUGGUAAAGCAGAGCAGCGAGCGGGUUUUAAAACAUGAUCUAAGUUGGUCUCUUCCACCCGAGUCACUGCACCAAAAAAACUAAAGAAUUCAAACUUCCCGCCACUGAGAGGGCAAACGGCGAGUUCACCUGGAAAGAAAACCGACAAAAGAUGUCUGAUAUUUCAGAGAGAGACUGGAGAUCAGCUCUGACCGCCAUCCUGGAGCAGCUAGAUCAACAACAGUACGUGAAGAUGAAGGAAUUUCUGGACAAAAUCCCUAAAGGUCAGAGGGACAAAAAGUCCAGAGUGACGAUGCCCCAAAAAAUCAUCGAGUGCUACGGAUUAGAAGAGUCCAUCUCUGUGGUCAGGAACGCAAUGGAAGAGAUACCAAGGAGGGACGCUGUAGUCCAGGACCUGCUGCGCCCCUUUGUGGACAAACUGAGGAACAAACACGACAUAGAGAAUAAAGGGAAGAAGAGGAAAUGUGAUUGGGAUAAGGAGGAAGGAAGACCUGCAGGAGAUCAACAGAAAUGCUGCCCACCUGACAUGCGAGACGGGAAUCUCCAGGAGAGCGACGCCAGUUCUUGGAGGAAAAGCAUCUGUGACCUGAACGCCAGCGGUGAACUUGAACUUGGAAAAGCCAUUGUUGGGAAAGUUAUUCAGAAAUCCAGUCUGCACAUGUAUCGGAACAGCAAAGAUCAGAAAAAGUUCUUCUGUUAUGUGAUAGCAGCUGAUGAGACAGCUGCUGUCAAACUGAUGGUUUAUGGGAAAAAGCACUAUAAGAACAUUGAGGAAGAGAAAUCCUACUUGUUCAGAAAGCUUUUAAUACAUAAGGGUUGCGUUAGGGUGACCACAGAGAGCAAAGUGUCAGAGACGAGCCCUGUUAACGUCCCAGAUGACCUCGAGAUGGAAGCUCGGACGCUCGUUUGUCCAGUUUGCACCGUUUCUGAAGCCAAAUUAUCUGCUGACAAGACUGACGUGAGCGUCGAGGGAACCGUGACAGAGAUCAAUCGUGGCGAACACGUUGAGGUGAAGGACGAACGGAAGAAGGCAAAGAAGAAAAGCUUCCAGCUGAAAGACGACACCGAUUCCAUCAGCGUCUGUAUGUGGGGUGAAAACACCAAGCAGUGCAAAGGAUUAUCAGUUGGAGAUGUGAUCAAGGUCACCAACGCGAGGACCAAUCAGUACCAUGAAACCGUCUCACUCAACUCAACCAGGUUCACCAGAAUUCACAAGGUGCAAAGUGCUGGCAUCCAGAAGGUGAGAAUCGAGAUUUUAGGAAUCGUAAAAGCCACGAAGAAGGGAACCGAACUGGAGGUCAACUUCAACCAACAGAUGACCACGCUUCAUGUGUCUUCUGCAAGUCUGGCGAAGGCGUUUGACCUCAAACUGGAUGGUUUCAAAGAAAUUCUGCUCAAUAAAAUGCCGCUUUCAGCAGAUGCAGUAAUACAAGGAAGUAAAAUUAAAGAAAUAACAGCUGCUUAUAGGACGUAAAAAUAUCUUGUCCUGGGUUGACUCUGGUUUUGAGAACAUAUCAGCAACAAACAUCUCAUUUUUACUGUUUUCAGUGUUUGGCAGAGGGUUGAUUUGUUAUCACUGACUUGGAAUAGAAACAUGGUUUUAUAAAUCCAGACAUAUAUGCAGCCUCUCAGUUGUUUGGUUGUUUUCUCAGCCCAGCCUCCCUCACUGUCAGACCAAGAUGGCUGAACCUCAGAGCUUCCUCUUCCUCGUCCUCUCACUCCACCUGCCUUUCUCUUGUCUUUGCAUCUAUUGCCCCAGAACAGAAGAGCUCACCUGUGUAGGGUUUGAUAUCGAGAAGCCCAAGUCGGAGAUUCAAUAAGAAUUGCUAAAAUUUAAACAAUACCCAACCCUACACCUGAGGCCCUUUUAGUCUAUAGCUCUGAUUGCUAAUUGAAGAAAUGUGCAACAAAGGGAGUCAGAGAGGAGGAAGGAAGUUCAGCAUUGUGACUCGCAGUAGGGCUGAAUGACUUUUCGGCCACAUAUUGCGAUUUACAAUUCGAUUUUGAGAUUUUUCUUUUUUAGCUUAAGUUCAAUAUUCACUGCCAGUUUUUAGGGGAAGCUGCGUCAAGCAGCACAGAGCAGAUGACCUGGGCAGGAAGUCAGACACCAAAAUAAAACACCCUGUGCAGACUCCCCACGGUACAUCAACAAUAAACACAGUUAAAACAAUAGAAGCACAAAAAUCAAGGACAGCUGGACAAAUUAACUAAAUCUGAACACGUCAGCAAAAUCAAUCAGGCAGAACGCUCUUAUUUUGAAAUGCUCCAGGGGUCCUUAUGGUGGCUCCAGGGGUCCUCGGCAAAAAGGGGAAUAGCUUCAUUUUUUCACUAUAAUUCCAUCCAUAAGCAACAUAAUUACUAUUUCGGUCUUGGGUUUCAUGCACUUUCUUUAAUAAAACUUCUACCAAUCUAAACCAAUCAAACAUACCAAUCAGUCUUUCACGCCUCAUUGUAGACAUCUCGGUCACGUGACAACUGAUGUGAGAAGAACCCCACAGAAAGUCAGCAACUCAUCCAUGUUCAGAUUGGUUUGCACUAUAUAGGUAUUUGACAUAAUUAAUAAUAAUUAUUUAAUUAGCUGACACUCUUAUCCAAAACUGCUUUCACUUGCUAUGUAUGUCAGAGGCCUCUGGAGCAACUAGACACUGGUUAAGAGUCUUGCUCAGCGACACAUUGGUGGAUGCAUCACAGCGGAAAUAUCUCACACCAAAGACGUGUGCCUUAGCCACGGCUCCGUCGCCACCCUGCUACUGACCUCUCAAACCAAUCCUCCAGAUAUUGCCAUUAAAUACCUAUCUGAGCCAUCGCUGUCACUUUCAAAUCCUACUCUUUCAAAUGUAGGAAUGAUCGUGAUGCUGCUCACAGCACUUGGGGGGUCUCGUAUGUCCAGGAGGUCCAACACAUCUGAUCACAGCCAAAACCUGUGUUUUCAGUUGAAGCACUGUUUUAUACAACCAAACAAUAACAAAUUUACACCUCUUACGAGCAAGAUAUAUAUGCAGGAGUAUGAUUCUCAAAACAAGAAUAUAUGGGCUGCAGGGCUCCUGCAUUAUAUUCACGUCGUGUUUGUCCGAGCUGCUGCGUCAGGGCUAAGAAUCAGCAGAGGCCCCACGGUACGACGAGAUAGCCAUAUUAAAUAUAUUUUUAUAAACUUCAACUCAUGUCCGAAGAGAGAAACUUUGUCAACAUCUGUUUUAUCUAAAAAAAGAUCCAUUUCUCUGUUUGUACAUCUCACUUUUGGUGGAGCUGAUUUAGCAAUUAGCUUCACAGUCCUCAGCCAACGCCAUCUCUGGACGGCGGCGUGUGAGACGAGCCCUCGUGUUCAGGGCAUUCCCAGAGUAUUUUAUUUCCACACGACACUCCCGUAGGUCGUAUCCAUCUCUGUCCCCUCCUUCAUAAAAUGCAAAGUAACUCCAUACAUGUGACUGAAACACAGACGCCGCUUUCUUGCUUUCUUUCUCUGAUGCCGCCAUCUUUAUUUUACCAACUUUCUCCUGCACGCUGACGUUCGACCCUGUUGACCUCGCCAGAAAAAACCUCAACGGCUAGUGGACUGAAAAAGCUAUUGAUAUUGUUAUAGUAUCAAAAGAUCCAUUCUAAUUUGCAUUUGUAUAAUAAAAGGUCGAUACUUGGCGCCCGUGUAUCGGUACAGCUUUGUCACGGUACUAUGCUGCAUGUGAUGUUAGACACAUAUGAUCUGUCCACAGACAAAAAGCACCGUCUCUGUAAGCUGUUGAGAUGCUAAAUGAGAGAAAUCAUUUCCAUCAUCGUCCUUUGUGCUCGUUUAACUUUUUAAAAUGUCUUUUUUUUCCAGCUGCCACGAGCAAACUCGCAGCCGACUCAGGUUCAGCGGCCAAGAGGCAAAAACUCGCAGCUGUUCCACAGAAGAGCUGCCAACCUGCCAAGGUUGAUGCUGCGAAGCCCAAACGGAAGAAGGCAGAUUCAUCGCUGAAACCUUCUGGAUCCACCAAAACCUCCAAGGUCCAGAGUGGCGCCGCCCAGCCGGGCAAAAUGAAACCAGCAGGACUCAAAAAGGCCAGUAAGAAGAAUGCUCGCCUGGAGGAACUGGACUUCAACUUCCUGUUCUAGAUGUUUACUGCGAGAAAUUACUUGUAGCUUCAAGCUGGAGCGUGCGCACAAUAGAAAGAUGAAACGUGUGUAGAAGGUGUUUAAGCUAUGUUGCUUUGUGUUUUUCAGAGCUGCCGGUGCUCCAUCAGAGGCCGUCUGUCCUCUGCAUGUCCUUUCUGUUUAGCUUUUGUCUGAAUAAAGAGUCACUUGUGGCAGUCAACCCAC